CACCCUGAAACUACCUGCGCGGGGAGGAAGGAUGAGAACUGGAGCCUCCGCCGCCGGCCCGGCGCCCUGGGCCUGCCCCGGAACUUGGCCCGUGCCUCCCCUCGCGCCCCUCGUCCCUCGUGUCCCCAAAGCUCCGCGGGCCAUGGUAGUCGGCUGCCCGCAGGGACCACGCGUCUGAGACGAGCGAUCGGGGCGUCGAGACCAUGGGGAGCAACCGGGGCCGCAAGGCCGGAGGGGGAUCGAAAGACUUCAGCGCGGGACUCAAGUACAGCUCCAGGCUAGAGAACAUGAAUGGCGUAGAGGAGGGUGUGGAAUUCCUGCCUGUGAACAAUGCCAAGAAAGUGGAGAAGCGAGGCCCCAGGCGCUGGGUGGUGCUGGUGGUCAUUCUGGUCACCUUCUUCUUGCUCUCACUCAUGGCUGGCUUGCUGGUGUGGCACUUCCAUUACCGGAAUGUGAGGAUCCAAAAGGUCUUCAACGGCCAUCUGAGGAUCACAAAUGAGAACUUUCUGGAUGCCUACGAGAACCCGAACUCCACAGAGUUUAUAAGCCUGGCCAAACAGGUGAAGGAAGCGCUGAAGGUGUUGUACGAUGGAGUCUCUGUCCUGGGCCCCUACCACAAGAAGUCGACUGUAAUUGCCUUCAGUGAGGGCAGUGUCAUCGCCUACUACUUGUCAGAGUUCAGCAUCCCGCCACACCUGGCGGAAGAGGUUGACCGAGCCAUGGCUGUAGAGCGAAUGGUCACGUUGCCACCCCGAACACGGGCCCUGAAAUCCUUCGUGCUGACCUCCGUGGUGGCCUUCCCCAUUGACCCCAGAAUGCUGCAGAAGAGUCAGGACAACAGCUGCAGCUUUGCCCUGCAUGCCCGCAGCGGGGAGGUGAUGCGCUUUACCACCCCUGGCUUCCCUGACAGCCCCUACCCAGCUCGUGCCCGCUGCCACUGGGUCCUGCGUGGCGACGCCGACUCUGUUCUGAGCCUCACCUUCCACAGCUUUGAUGUCGCUCCCUGUGACGAGCACGACAGUGACCUGGUCACAGUAUAUGAUACCCUGAGCCCCAUGGAGCCCCAUGCUGUGGUACGGCUCUGUGGCACCUACCCUCCCUCCUACAACCUGACUUUCCUCUCCUCCCAGAACAUCUUCCUUGUCACACUGAUAACCAACACUGACCGGCGACAUCCUGGCUUUGAGGCCACUUUCUUCCAGCUACCCAAGAUGAGCAAGUGUGGCGGUUUUUUGAGUCAAGCUCAAGGGACAUUUAGCAGCCCCUACUAUCCAGGCCACUAUCCACCGAACAUCAACUGCACGUGGAAUAUCAAGGUGCCCAGCAACCGGAAUGUGAAGGUGCGCUUCAAACUCUUCUAUCUGGUGAACCCCAACGUACCACUGGGCACCUGCCCCAAGGACUAUGUGGAGAUCAACGGGGAGAAGUACUGUGGUGAGAGGUCCCAGUUCGUUGUCAGCAGCAACAGCAGCCAGAUGACAGUCCGCUUCCACUCUGACCAGUCCUACACGGACACCGGCUUCCUAGCUGAGUACCUCUCCUAUGACUCCAGUGACCCAUGCCCAGGGAUGUUCAUGUGCAAAACUGGACGGUGCAUCCGCAAGGGCCUGCGAUGUGACGGCUGGGCGGACUGCCCGGACUACAGUGAUGAGCGCUUUUGUCGAUGCAACACCACCCACCAGUUCAUGUGCAGGAAUCAGCUCUGCAAGCCCCUCUUCUGGGUCUGUGACAGCGUCAACGACUGCGGGGACGGCAGUGAUGAGGAGGGCUGCAGUUGUCCUGCUGGGAAUUUCAAGUGUUCCAAUGGGAAGUGUCUCCCUGAGAGACAGCGGUGUGAUGGGAAGGACAACUGUGGAGAUGGGUCUGAUGAGGCCUCAUGUGACAGUGUGAACGUCGUCUCUUGCACCAAAUAUACCUAUCGCUGCAGCAAUGGGCUCUGUUUGAGCAAGGGCAACCCUGAAUGUGACGGGAAGGAGGACUGUAGUGACGGCUCAGAUGAGAAAAACUGUGACUGUGGGCUGCGGUCCUUUACCAAGCAGGCUCGGGUGGUCGGCGGCACAAACGCGGACGAGGGCGAGUGGCCCUGGCAGGUGAGCCUCCACGCCCAGGGCCAGGGCCACUUGUGUGGGGCCUCGCUCAUCUCUCCCAACUGGCUGGUCUCUGCAGCUCAUUGCUUUAUGGAUGACAGGAACUUCAAGUACUCAGACCACACGAAGUGGACGGCUUUCCUGGGGCUGCUGGACCAGAGCAAGCGCACUGCCUCUGGGGUGCAGGAGCAUAAGCUCAAACGCAUCAUCACCCACCCUUCCUUCAAUGACUUCACCUUCGACUAUGACAUCGCCUUACUGGAGCUGGAGAAGCCGGCGGAGUUCAGCACUGUUGUGCGACCCAUCUGCCUGCCUGAUACAACUCAUGUCUUCCCUGCCGGCAAGGCCAUCUGGGUCACUGGCUGGGGCCACACCCAAGAGGGAGGCACCGGAGCACUGAUCCUCCAGAAGGGUGAGAUCCGUGUCAUCAACCAGACCACCUGUGAGGGCCUCAUGCCACAGCAGAUCACCCCACGAAUGAUGUGUGUGGGUUUCCUCAGUGGGGGUGUGGACUCCUGCCAGGGUGACUCCGGCGGCCCCUUGUCCAGUGUGGAGUCAGAAGGGCGAAUCUUCCAGGCCGGUGUGGUGAGCUGGGGAGAAGGUUGUGCUCAGAGGAACAAGCCAGGCGUGUACACAAGGCUCCCCGUACUUCGGGACUGGAUCAAAGAGCAGACCGGGGUAUAGGAGCACGGACGGCCUGCCGUGACCACCACAGGGACGCCCUCACGUGCACACCUGGCCGCAGGCCAGGACCACCGAGGACAUGCACGCUGCGGCUUCCCCCCCACAACCCACACUGUGAACUGCAUCCACAGGACUCAGAGUUCUUCUGUGAGAUUCCAAAGUGGGACCCCCUCAGAAGCUGGGGAGAGAACUUCCACGCCAGUCACCCAGCUGGGGACAAGGAUUUGAUGGCAGCCUUCCCCUCUUCCUCCCCAGCCCGGCCGGGUGAAGAGAACCCUUUCCUGGAGACCUGCUUCCUGACUCAGAGGGCGACUCCCACUGGGAGCCCUGUGGGUGGAGGGGCUGCAGUGCUCAGCCUUCAGGAAGCUCCAGCCCUAGGGACCCUAGAAAACAGUGGCACUUAAGGUUGGAAUUGUUUUGAGGGUGCCAAGAGUGGAUAUUUGUGUGAGUAAAACAUUUUAUUUCUUUUUA